GUGUGCUUGUGCCGUCCGCGGUGCUGCUGGCCCGAAAGCAAUCGUUAUUGAAGAAUCGUGCAUCCGAGAAGCAUGUCCACGGAGGGAAAAUGUGCCGUGUGCCUGGUGGAUGCCGCGCAGCAGUGCGCUGGCUGCAAGGCCGUCUUCUACUGCGGCCGAGAGCACCAAAAGCAACACUGGGGCCGCCACCGCUUUGAAUGCCGCCCCAUAAAAGUGGCCGAGGACCCCGUGCAGGGUCGCUACCUAGUCGCCACCAAGAAUAUCUCGCAAGGUGACCUCAUCUUCACCGACUCGCCGCUGCUGAUCGGCCCGAAAAUGGUCAGCUCACCCAUAUGCCUCGGCUGCCACCAGCCAGCGUCUGUUGACUGUCCCUGUCCAGGCUGCGGGUGGCCCUUGUGCGGCCCCGAAUGCGCCAACGCCCCACAGCACAAGGCUGAGUGCCAGCUAAUGAAGGACAAGGGUUUCCGGGCCGACAUCAAGGACGCCUCGAAACCUCUGUCCGAGUACGCGUGCAUCGUGCCGCUGCGAUAUGCCCUUCUCCCUGAAGAAAAAAUAAAAAAGGUGAAGAGUCUACAGUCGCACCUGGAGACACGCAGAAUGACCCCUCUGUACACGGUGCUGCGGAACAACGUGGUCGGCUUCUUGGCUAUGCGGCUGCAGGCGGAGGUGACCGAGGAGGACAUCCUGGGCGUGUGCGGCGUCAUGGACACAAAUGCCUAUGAAAUCCGGCGCAACGGCGGCGUGAAGCUGCGCGGGCUAUACCCGCUGGCGUCGCUGAUGAACCACGACUGCGUGCCCAACACGCGGCACGUGUUCGACCGCGACGACAAGAUGCUGGUGUUCGCCACCGUGGACAUCAGCAAGGGCAGCCCGGUGACCUCGACCUACACGCAUGCCCUGUGGUCCACCCACCAACGACGGGCGCACCUCAGGGCCACCAAGUGCUUCGAGUGCCGCUGUGUCAGGUGCUCCGACCCCGCCGAACUGGGCACCUACCUGGGCGCCAUCCUCUGCUCAAAGUGCGCCGGCAAGGGCAAGGUGCUAUCCACGGCGCCGCUCGACGACGCGGCGCCCUGGCAGUGCAACAACUGCCAGGCCCAGAUGACAGCCAAGCAGAUCGUCUGGGGCAACCAGGCCCUGCAGAAGGAGCUCGAGCAGGUGGAUAAGAACGGUCCUCAGCAGCUGGAGGCCUUCCUUGAGCGCUACAAGGCCAUUUUGCACCCGACCAACGGCCACGCCCUGCAGGCAAAACUGGCCCUCACGCAGAUAUAUGGAAAUGUGCCUGGAUUCCUUUUGAAAGACUUAAACAACGACCAAGUGGAGAGGAAACUAUCCCUAACGCACGACCUGUUGGACGCCGUCUCAGUGCUGGAACCUGGCAGUUCGCGGACAAGAGCGCAGUUACAACUUGAGCUGCAAGCAGCGAUGGUUCUGCAAGCCAAAUUGGACAUGGAAUCUGAGAGAAUAACUAGGGAGAGAGCUGAAGAAAUUCUGGGCGACGCUGUGGAGCUGUUGAAAGAGGCUUCUGAAGUUUUAAAAACGGAGCCGGACAUGGAGGGAAAACUGCAGGAGAAGCUGAUGAUUUUAAUGCAGCAAUUGGAGUUGGAUGACACUUCCAAUGAAAGAAAUUCAGACAGCGCUGUUGAUGAAGAACUGGCUCUCGAAGAUAUGAUUGAGAAUCUCCAAACAGAACCUUUGAUUGUCAAACCACGAAAGCCAAUGAGAAGGAAUAUGUAAAUCUCUAAUAGUUGGAGAGGAGCAACUGAAAUAAUUUGUAUCGCUAUCCUACACUGUGCUAAUUGCAUUGUUCAAGUGUGUUGCAAAAAUUUGUGUUUCAGAAUUAUACAUUAAAAAGAAAACUGAAUUUAAA